GGGGUGGAAUGUCCGGUUUCUGUCAAUACAGAAUUCGUUUCCUCCCGCGAUCCCGCUUUAGUCCAUGUAGCGAUGACUUUAGACUCCGAAUAUUUACGUGGCUCGAUCGCCGCCGUCCACUCCGUCCUCCGCCACGCGUCUUGCCCAGAAAACAUUUUCUUUCACUUCAUAGCCGCCGAGUUCGACCCGGCCAGUCCUAGAGUCUUGAGCAAACUCGUCCGAUCCACGUUCCCUUCACUCAACUUCAAAAUCUAUAUCUUCCGGGAAGACACCGUAAUCAACUUGAUCUCUUCUUCGAUACGGCAAGCCCUCGAGAACCCCCUCAACUACGCUCGAAACUAUCUUGGAGACAUCCUAGAUCUCAGCGUUGACCGAGUCAUUUAUCUUGACUCAGACCUGGUCGUCGUCGACGACAUUCUUAAACUCUGGAACACAACCCUGGCAAACUCACGUGUUAUCGGCGCACCCGAAUAUUGCCAUGCCAACUUCACCAAGUAUUUCACGGACGGGUUUUGGUCCGACCCGGUUAUUUCUCGGGUCUUCCAAUCGAGAAAGCCGUGCUAUUUCAACACGGGAGUUAUGGUAAUGGAUUUGGUUCGUUGGAGAGAAGGGAAUUAUAGGAAAAGAAUUGAGAAUUGGAUGGAAAUACAGAGGAAACGAAGGAUUUACGAGUUGGGUUCAUUGCCGCCGUUUCUGCUUGUAUUUGCGGGGAAUGUGGAAGCGAUUGACCAUAGAUGGAACCAACAUGGGCUUGGCGGGGACAAUGUUAGAGGUUCUUGUCGGUCGUUGCAUCCAGGGGCGGUAAGUUUGUUGCAUUGGAGUGGGAAAGGGAAGCCGUGGGUUAGACUCGAUGCCAGAAAGCCUUGUCCGCUUGAUCAUCUUUGGGAACCGUACGAUCUUUACAAGGGGAAUUUAGUCAAAGAUCAGUCUUCUUCUUCUACUGGUUCUUCAAUAUUCUUGGGGUUUUCCAGUUAUUUGUUAUAAUUCUUUUUUUUUCUUUUACAUUGCCACAAAACGAUGAUGAUUCUUUGAUAGAGUUGUGUACAGAUUGAUUUUUUUUUUGUUAUUUCUUGGGAUUUAUUUUUGUGAUUUACAUAUGGGAUUAUCAAUACCUUUCAUCAGAGGGUGUUCCGUACUUUGGAACAAUUUUGGUGGGUUGAUUUCUUUGUAUGUAAUUGAAGAACAUUAUUCAGAAAAAGGAAUAACAUUCGGCUGUUGAUUGUUUCUUUCUUUCA